AAAAAACACAGCCUUCACUAGAAUCAGACACCCUCGAUAAGAAAAGAAGAAAAAAAAAAAAAGCGUCCACACCUUACGUUCACAUGACUGAAACAAGACGCCACAUCACUGGAGAACACUUACUAAUGACAUCACACACCCAGCUAGCCUCCUCCUACUAGUACUUCCUCCCUUCUCUUCGCGCACCAGGUCUUCGCCACGCAGCGGAGAUCAGCAACAUGGCUCUGGACCUGAUCGAGGGCGCCAAGGAGUUCGAGAUCCCGCACCGGCCAGAUAAGGAACUGCUCAUCCGUGCUGGCAUCAACUCAGGCACUUGCGUUGCCGGUGUGGUGGGGACCAAGAUGCCUCGUUACUGCCUCUUUGGGGACACUGUCAACGUGGCCAGCAGGAUGGAGACCACUGGGGAGGCCAUGAAGGUGCACGUGUCCCAGGCCACGAAGGAGAUCUUGGACCAAUUGGGAGGGUACACUUGCGAAUUCCGGGGUUACCAGGAGGUGAAGGGUAAGGGGUCGCUGCCUACCUUCUGGCUGACGUCCGGGCCGCCGCUGGGAGGUCCGAAGGGCGUCAGGAUACCCGUGGGUGGCCAGUAAGGACGCCCACCAACGAGCCAAGCAUUACUCCCGCUCUGACUCACUGAGCGGGACACCGACGAGUACUCAGCAGCUUCACGAGGACAGAACAGCAACCGUUAGAGAGGAAGACGGCCUGGCAUAGAGUUUAGAGUUUGCAGUGAAUGAAAGGAAGGUUAAAUGAUUGUAGCUGAAAAUAAGAGGGCCGUUGGAAAAGUGUACCUCAUCUGGACGACUACUGCUACUACUAAUACUACAGAAACAAACCCGUUGAAGGCAGAUCUCACCCGGACUACUACUACUAGUUCACCAAGUAGCGCCACUCCCCCGUCCACUGUCUGUGAUCUGGUGGUCCGGCGCAGACUGAGAGAGCGAGGCACCCACCACACCACUUCGGCACCGUGGCAUUAGGCUAGGACGACAGCACGAGUCCACAGCUACUAGUUCACCAGGGUCGCGUGAAGACAGCCGUCCUAGCUAUAACUGGAAAAGAAUUAGGUUAGUUUAGUUCAGCUUACAAGAAAAUAAGUUCAGUAGAGAGAGGUUAUAAGACACUAGUUUACCAGCGUCACGUGGGGACAAACAGCCUAGCUACCUUUGGGAACGAAAUCUUGGGUUAGUUUAGUUCAAUUUACAAUAGGGAGGUUUCAAAACACUCCUCUAAUUUCGUAUAAUCCUUUUGGUUCUUUUCUUUGGGGAGUGAAACCUUUUCUUGUCUUUUUGUAGCCCUUGGCCAGAGCCUCUUACAUGAUCAAAAUUAAUUUCUUGCUGCUUUCUUUUUUAUUUAUUUAUUUACUUAUCUAUUUACUUAGAUGCAAAUGAAUUUCAAACAAUA